UACAUAAGCAUUGGCCACCGGCAGACGUUAACCAAGUUCCAUAACAAGAUCUUACACAUCGCAACGGCAGAUCCUAAAAGCAUAGAACGCAACUGGAGAAUAGAGGAAAAUUCUUUGCACGGUCCAUUGAAUCAAUAAGAGGAGUACAAAGGGAAUCAGGCUGCAUCUUGCCGCUGUCUUCGCUCUAACUCUGGCCACCACCGGCAUCAGUGUCGGCUUCAAUUUCCUCAGCCGUGAUUUCUACAAUGCUCUCUCCAGUACGUUUUGUCUUCUUCUUCUUCUAACUCUCACUUGCUUUCCACUUUUAUCUUCCUACUGUUAACGUUUCUUUCCUUCUUUCUUUGAUAAAAAAGGAGAAUGUUGAGGUAGAUUGGGACGCAAGCUAUCCUAUUCCUAUUGAUUUGUGGUUAUCUAAAAGGAUUAGGAAUUAUAUGAAUAGUUAUGUCUAAUAAGAUUAUGAGUUAUAUAGUCUUUGCCAUUUAUUUACGACGGUGUAAUUCCAUAUAUAAGGAAACUUUAUGAUUAUGAAAUAAGGUAAUAAGAAGUUUUCCCACAAGUUUACAACAUCUCUCUCUCGCGCUCAUCGUUUCUUCAACUCUCGACUAACAAAAAGAAGGGGAAAACAAAAAAAAAACCAGAAAACCUAAUGUAUCUGAACAAAUCGAAUCCGAAGGCGGAGGCGGAGGAAGCUGAAACGGCAAAGAUCGAUCCUUCAGACCUUGAGGAUGUGAGAGAUGGAUCGAACUGGAAGGGACUUGAAAAGUUAUCUUCGUCCGAAGAUGAAACUAAUAAGGCGAUGAUAUUUCCUUUGUCCGUCGAAGAUGAAUCUAACGGGGAGGGGAUAACGUAUUUUAAUAUGUCCAAAGAAGCUGAAUCGAAUUGGGAGGAAACUGAAAAGGAGGCGCUAGUGUCUUUGUCCGAAGCUGCCAAAAAGAUCGUUCCCUCACAUUUUGCGGCUUUCAUCGACGAAAUAAAGCUUGUGCCGCAGACUGACUUAUUGAGGGUUAACGUUUACCUUAAUAAAGCAUUUUCCCAAGUAUCGUCAUUACCAUGGUUUAACAUGUUAAAGAAAUCUCCUUUGUCCGAUGUUCCCUUUUCUCAUAUUCCCAAGUCUGUCUUCGAAACAGCAGUGGAGUGUUGUAUCAACAAACUUCCAUUUUAUACACACUGGAAUUUCGUAAUGUGGGCACUUGAUCGCCUUCUCAUUGAUUGGGCAGCACAUGCCAGAGGCGAAGAACAACCUCUUACCCAAUAUCAGGUCGCGACAUUGGUUGAGUUAGCCAUGGUAUUGCGUGCUUCACCUGAUUCUUUGACUUGUCUUUUGCCGAUGCUGAGGGGGAGACCUAUGUAUCAUGGCCAAGACAAGCUUCCGCUUAUAGUUUGGAUGAUGGCUCAGGCCUUCCAAUCUGAUUUACCUGCUGCCUUGUAUUCAUGGGCGCAUAACUUGCUGCCACUAGUUGUUAAUAACGAUGAGUGCUACAGCUCUCAGUCAAUUGAUCUCAUCCUUCAGUUUGUUGAGAAGAUUUUGUCCUCCAAUCCGAAGGCUCGGGUUCUACUCCUCCUAAACAAAAAUGUUAGGAAUGGAGAGGUGCUGAUUCCACCUCCUUCGUUUGAGACGUUGGUGCGGCUUACAUUCCCUCCUCCAUCCGCUAGAGUAGAGGGGGCAACAGAGAGGUUUGAGGCAAUUUAUCCCUUGUUGAAGGAAGUAGCCCUUGCACCAGGAAGUUGCGCACUGCAACAUAAUAUAUUCACUUUUUCCUUGAAAUUAGCUGGUGGACAAGGAAAUCCUGCUCUAGCCAAUGAAGCUACAGCUAUCGCCAUCAGUGUUUUGACACAAAACGUUGACUGCUUUACGCAAUGGGAGAUUCUCUACAAGGAGAAUCUUGAAGCUAGCGUUCUUCUUCUUAAAAAGCUUGUAGACGAAUGGAAGGAUCAUUGCCUCAAACUAUCACCAUGCUCGGAUGAUGCUCGCACUGUCAAGCAUGCUAUGUAUAGCUUCAGGAUGGAGAACGAAAAAGCCAUCACUGAAGGAGUAGUCAAUCUCUCUCUUUACAAAGAAGCUGACAAGUCGUGCAAACUGAUCUUGAGGAGACUACUCUCCCGUGGAAGUGGCGGCCUCGGAAUAGGAUCCUUAACCGCUAUGUUUAUAGCCGCUGCAGGAGGUAUUGUUGGAGCCGCACUUACUCUGUAUAUAUCUUGCAAGUAGCAUAUAAUGAAUGGGUUCUCGCUGAUGUUGAGGAGUGUGGUGUAUACAAUCCUCUCUUAAAAGAGACUUAUCAGAAUAUUUAACGACUUGUUUGAUCUAAAUGUAUUAUCUAUACUAUUAAAGCAGGAUCCUAUUGGCUUUUUUACUAAAAAUACAUUAUUUUUUACUAACAUUGCAUAUCUAUAUAUAAUAGUAAACCUAAAGUGACAUCACUAUUUUUUAUAGGAAAAUAAAAGUGAAAUCGUACGGUGGAGAUUGUUGCUAUUAUUCAAUCUAAUGGAUGAAAUUUUAGAUUCAUUAAGUCAUCUGACGUCAUCAAUAUUAAUGCCAAUGGACGCAAACAUCAUCUCUUUGGUUUUCUUUUUCUGAAUAGUCACUUUCCAAAAGACACAACUUUUCAGAAUAAAAUCCUUUAGCAAAUUUAUAUA